CCAUUAGCCAGUGCAUGUGCUUGUGAGUGAGUGGAGGAAGCAGAGAGAGACUGUGUCUUGUGUGAAGGGAGGGACUUCCCACUUUCUUCUCAAAGUCGUCUCCACGUUCUUAUUUGUUGCUGUGUCUUCCACUGUUCCCAUAUUCCGCAAAUUAAGCUUCUUUUUUUCUUUUUCUUUUCUCCUUUUUUUCCUUUUCCUGUUGAAUUCUGAAAGCUAUUGUGGAACUUCCAAUACGUUUGAACUAGUCCUUCAAAUACCCUUUAUUCAGAUUUUGGUAAAGUUUUCAUCUUUGGUAUUUGGGUUGUGGCUUGUGCUAGUUUUGGAGAUCUGGGUGUGCUGCAUUUUGGACUUGAAUUUGUGUUCUCAGGUUGUGGAAAUUGCAAGUGAUAAAUCUGGGUCAUAAUGCUGCUGGGUGCUCCUUCAUUUGUCUUCUGCUGCAAAUAGAAGAAAAAGAUUCAUAGAAGAUAUGGCUUCAACCUCUCCUUCUCCAAAUGCAUCACCUUCUGCAAUUCCACCAGAAUCUUCUGCUAAUCCACCACCACCAUCACAACCAUCUCCAUCUUCUCCUUCUAAGCCAAAUCAAACCUCUGAUACCCCUGCACCUUCAUCUCCUUCUACCCCUUCUUCAGCUUCACCUCCUUCCCCUUCAGUUCCUGUAACCUCUCCUCCUACCCCAUCCCUUUCACCUCCACCAUCAUCUACUACACCUCCACCAACUCCAUCCCCUCCUUCACCACCAGAUUCUCCACCACCCUCAACACCAGCAUCGCCUCCACCUUCAGUUGCAUCCUCACCACCACCACCAGCUGCCACUGCUGCCCCUCCUCCUGCCAAGGCCUCGCCUUCGGUUCCAAGUUCGUCCCCGCCGCCUCCCAUAGCCACUUCCCCUCCACCUCAACCCUCACAGGCACCUCCUAAAUCAACUCCACCUCCUUCUCAACCAGUUUCACCAUCUCCUCCACCUCCAGCCAAUGUGCCAAGGCCAACACCAUCCACCCCUACUCCGCCAAAGGGAAAGCCACCAGAGAGUUCUCGUCUGCCUCCUUCGCCUCCUUCACAACAUGCAUCCCCUCCAUCUGUUUCUAAACCUGCUCCUUCCACUGAUGCUCCCCCUCCAUCAACAUUGCCAUCCACUCCUCCUGCACCUCCUUCUAAAGAUGUCCCUGCUCCAUCCACAUUGCCAUCAACUCCUCCUUCAGUCCCUUCGGCGUCUUCACCUCCAUCAUCUUUGUCUCGUCCCUCUAAUAAUGGAACAGCAGCUGGGGCUCCAGCUGAGUCCUUACCCUCUUUUCCAACUGAGAAACCCACUGCUAAACCAACUAAUGACGGCACCGAGAAUAUAACCUCGAAUACCCCAUCUUCACAUUCAAAAGGGUUAGGUUCUGGAGGAGCUGUGGCUAUUGCCGUUAUAGCUGGCUUUUUUGUUCUCAGCCUUCUUGUUAUGGCUUUGUGGUUUUCAAAGAAAAAGAAGAAAGGAAAGGGACCAAAAGCUGGUUAUACUUUGCCUUCACCAUUUACCUCGUCUCACAAUUCAGGUACAUUAUUCCUGAGGCCACAAUCACCAGCUAACUACUUAGGUAGUGGUUCUGGUAGUGAUUUUGUGUAUUCACCAUCAGACCCAGGUGCUGUAAGUAGUUCAAGAUCAUGGUUCACAUACGAAGAACUUAUCCAAGCUACAGAUGGGUUUUCUCCAAAAAAUCUAUUGGGAGAAGGUGGAUUUGGUGCGGUCUACAAAGGUAUGCUCUUUGAUGGAAGAGUAGUGGCUGUGAAACAGCUUAAAGUUGGUGGUGGGCAAGGAGAACGCGAAUUUAGAGCAGAAGUUGAGAUUAUUAGCCGUGUGCAUCAUCGCCAUCUUGUUUCCCUGGUGGGCUAUUGUAUAUCUGAGCAUCAAAGAUUGCUUGUCUAUGACUAUGUUGCUAACAACACACUUCAUUACCAUCUUCAUGGUGAAAACAGACCAGUUUUGGAUUGGCCUACCAGAGUCAAGGUUGGAGCUGGGGCUGCUCGAGGAAUAGCUUACCUACAUGAAGACUGCCAUCCACGCAUCAUUCAUCGGGAUAUUAAGUCAUCAAACAUCCUGCUUGACAAUAACUUCGAAGCUCAAGUUUCAGACUUUGGACUUGCAAAAUUGGCACUGGAUUCAAAUACACAUGUUACUACCCGAGUGAUGGGAACCUUUGGGUACAUGGCACCAGAGUAUGCAACAAGCGGAAAAUUGACUGAAAAGUCCGAUGUAUAUUCCUUCGGUGUGGUGCUUUUGGAGCUAAUUACCGGUCGGAAGCCUGUAGAUGUCUCUCAGCCUAUCGGUGACGAGAGCCUGGUUGAAUGGGCUCGGCCUCUGUUGAUAGAAGCACUUGAUAACGAGGACCUCGAAAUUUUGGUGGAUCCAAGACUGGAAAAGAACUACAACAGAGAUGAAAUGUUCCGGAUGAUUGAGGCUGCUGCAGCCUGCGUUCGUCACUCGGCAAUAAAGAGGCCACGGAUGAGUCAGGUGGUAAGAGCUUUAGAUUCCUUAGACGAAAAUUCUGAUCUCAACAACGGAAUCAGACCGGGGCAGAGUUCAGUCUUCGAUUCUGCGCAACAAUCCGCACAGAUCAGAAUGUUUAGAAGGAUGGCUUUUGGUAGCCAAGAUUACAGUUCCAGUUUCUUUAAUGAGUCUCAAAGUAGCUGGAUGAGUAGAGAGCAACAUGACUCAACAACCAUGAAUAGAUCAGGACCUAGGAAUAUUAUUUGAGAUGAUUAUGAUGAUGAUGGUAAUUUGAUGGUGGCCAGAUCCUGUGUUAUAACUCUUGUAAAUCUCAAAAAGUAUCAUUUUUUUAACCCUUUUUUGUUUCUUUUGCCAACAUGAUUUUGCUUGCUAUGAUGCCUUCUAUUCUUUUGUAAUUUAGGUCAUUUGUUACAUAACUACUUGUAUUUAUAAGUUUUCAAUGAUUAAUGAUAUAAUAUAAUACCAUGUA